AUGAUCACAUUCCAAGUCACUGAUGCUGGCGUGCCUUCAUUCCUGGUACCCUCCACUGUCCCCCCAGUCCUGCUGCAGCCACUCCUUAGCCCAGGCCCCGAAUGGUCCCUAUGGCACCAGCUGGUUUCAUUUCAAGAGGUAGCGACAUCUGAGGCUACCAAAUAUGGCCAGUGUUUGAGAGCCUCGGGGAAGGCCUGCUGCAUGGACACGAUGCUGGACAGUUAUGACAACGUGGUCCCUCAGGGCUCCUUCUUACAGUUGUCCAUGAUGCCCCAGAAACCUGGAAAUGACCCUCCUCAUGUGUCCACUACAAGUGACACGGAAACGGAGAUACGUCACAUGAGAGAAAAGUUUCUUUCAAGUGUGACCAAGUUAGUAGAAAGCAAAAGUUACAACAGCAAGGUAUUUUCCAAAGAAAAGUACUUUCAAACGAUAAAGGAAGUCAAAGAAGCUAAGGAAAAGGGGAAGAAGUCCUCACGUGACUACCGCCGUGCGGCAAAAUACGACGUGAUCUCCGUGCAAGGCACAGAGAAACUGAUCGAGGCGACCCACGGAGAACGCGACCGAAUUCGGUAUUACGUGCAUAAGGAAGAGUUGUUUGACAUUCUCCAUGAUACACAUCUCAACAUUGGGCACGGCGGGCGGACACGCAUGCUCAAGGAGCUACAAGGAAAGUACGGGAAUGUCACCAAAGAGGUCAUUGUCUUGUACCUGACACUCUGUAAACAGUGCUACCAGAAGAACCCGGUACCCAAGAGAGGUCUUGCCCUCAAGCCCAUGCCUUCGAAGGACACUGACUCCAGAUGCCAAGUUGAGGUCCUGGACAUGCAGUCAAAUGCCGACGGUGAGUUCAAGUUUAUCCUGUAUUACCAGGACCACUUAACCAAGUUUAUUAUUUUACGGCCGUUGAAAGCGAAGCGGGCCCGUGAUGUGGUCAGUGUCCUCUUGGACGUCUUCACGAUUCUUGGUACACCUUGUGUGUUAGACUCUGACAGUGGCGUGGAGUUCACAAACCAGGUUGUGCAUGAGCUCAGUGAGGUAUGGCCAGACCUAAAGAUUGCCUGUGGUAAGCAGCGCCCUGGCCAGGGCCCGGGAUCCCUGGAGCAAGUCAGCCAUGAUGUCAAGAACAUGGUAAGGGCCUGGAUGCAGAGUAACCGCUCACGUCACUGGGCCGAAGGCCUGAGAUUCAUACAGAUGGUGAGGAAUCAGCUAUUUGACGUGUCCCUGCAGCAAAGUCCAUACGAGGCAAUGUUUGGUUUUAAGGCCAAACUCGGGCUGUACUCUUCGCACUUACCCCGGGAAACCGUGGCCAUCUUACAAACAGAGGAGGAGCUAGAAAUUGCUGAAGAACAGCUAGAGAGUAGCCUUUGGAUGGGGCAGGAAGAAAGGGCUGAGGUCGCAGCAGACAGAUCUGAUGUGGACGAGGACCUCGAUCCCACCGCUCCAGAAGCAGCAGAGCCCAGCACCUCACAUGGGGCCCCACAUCUCUUUUGCUGGUGACCAGGCACCUGCCGAGUGGGCGCCAUACAGCCCUUGGGGAACUGCCACCAAAUUCCCUGGGGAAAGGUGCUCAAAGGGUAGACCUUCCCGUCAGUCAAAUUGUCCAUGGCAGUCCUUGCUUGAAGGGGCAAACCUGGUGAGGUCUGUGACCUGGGGCCACCAUGACAAAUGACCGCAGUCUUAGCAGCCUAGAACAGCAGGAACUUACCCUCUCGUCCUUCUGGGGCCAGAAGUUCAGAAUCGGGGUGUCGGCAGGGUCUGCCUCUCCUGGAGGCCCUGAGGGAGAAUCCAUUCCGUGCCUCUGGCCUUUCUCUGAUGGCUGCUGGCAAUCCUUGGCUUGUACAAGGCCAGUCUCUGCCCCAUCUUCCUGCGGGUCUCCACAGGGCCUCCUGCCCUCUGUCUCCAUGUGUGUUCUUCUUUUCCGUCUCUUAGAAGGACCCACUGGAUACCAGAUCCAUGUCAUUGGGUUUAAGGUCCACCCCAGUUGAGGGUGAUCUCAUCUCGAGAGCCUCCCCUAAAUUAUGUUUGCAAAGCCCCUUUCCCCAAGUGGGGUCAGAGUCUCAGGUACUCGGGGUUUGGCCCUGGGCAUAACUUUCUGGGGGACAGAGUUCUACCAACUAUGGAGGAGUGUGUUUGCCUUCAGGAUGUGAACUGAUGGGGUCUUACCUGUGAAGCUGGUGGGGGUGCCCUCCCUAUUUCUAGUACGCAUUCCUUCUGCCAAAUCCUGCUCCUCAGACAAUAUCCAAAAAGACAGGGCACAGAGGAAAAGAUGGAGAUGAAGGACAAGUCACGAGAGAAGAUGCUGACCCAGCACACUCUGGGGACUGGCCACCUCAGCACCUGCUCUCUAUUUCCUGCUUCAAGAAAAACUGUAGGUGCCAUCCCGGCUCUCAGAACAGCAUGUGCAGGGAACGGUGUGACCUGCCUGGAAGGUACUUUAAAAGUUGGCCAGAAUUAAGACAUGGCUAGGAUUUCAGUCUGAGUCUGCCGCUUGUCUCUGCCUUAAGAUAGCAAAGCAUGUCUUUCUGGAACGGGUCAGUACAUUCUAGGAAGUGACCAGUCACCAGGGACUCUGGAGCAAAGGGCAAACAUGAG